AUGACAAGCAUCCGGGAAGCAGUCAAAAAAGAACGCAGGGUCUCAUAUAUGCUAUGGAAAGCCGUCAAUUCGCAACUAGAACUCGAGAAAGCUACGAAUAAAUUAAUGCAGGAUAUGUAUGAGGAUUUGGAGAACAUGAGAGUUUCCGGGUGCUCAAGCGAGGAUUGGACUACAAUGUGCGAGAUGGCACAGGAGCUGGUGGACACUCUCAAAAUGUUGAAAGAACAGCCGUCCGAUUCUAUGCUAGAGGAGAGGAGUAUCGAGCUAAAGGUUAAGGAAGCAAUCAGAGAAGACUCGGAGGACAUAGAGGAUGAAAUUAAGGAUGAACCUGAGAAGAACAUUGAUGAGGACGUUGAGGAGUACAUCGAAGUAUUGAUCAGAGAGAUGCAUCCGAAUCUGGAUCAAAUUAGGGCUGCUGCUGGCUUAGAAGAAGAUGAUCUACAUGAUGUAUUUGGGCUGGCAAAAUAA